AUGGUGCUGAAAAACAAACCAGUUAAGAACAGCCGACAGUGUGUUAUGCAGCUUGCCGAGGAGGAAUACCAGCUCAUACCUUCAUACUUGGCUGAUGUAACUAAAACAGAGCAGCGUAACAAUUUCCUACAUUUCCAGAAAGAGUUCAUAGCAAAACACGAACUGGUGCAGAGUAACUUCACAGGGAACAAGGUAUGAGAGCAGCAUGAAAGGAAGCUGGCUAAGGACCUCCAGAAAAUCUGUGGCUGUGAUCCCCUCCAUUUCAAGCAACUACAGGUUGUUGAGGAAGUAUUUGAAGACAUAUGCAACAGCUUUCUGAUAAGUGGUGAUAUUCUGAUGGAAAUUAAGCUGUAUUUAGAAGCUCAAGCCAAGAAAUUUGGGCCAAAUGUGUUAACAUGUACUGGUACUGUAGAAACCAGCAGCAAACACGAGACAAAGAGGAUAGCACAAAACCCACUUUCUGUUUCUGAACAGCUUGACGCUAUGAAGUAUGAAGUUCUUGAUAAAUGGGAAGUUGGAGGAAAUAUCACAGAAAUUUUACAUAAACUGAGAAUCACUCAGGAAAGUCAAAG